UCUCGUCUUUUCCUUUGCCAUUCAAUUCCUUAUUUAAUUUUAUCUUUCUUACCAAGCAAACGCAACACGAACCCCUUUUCUUUUCCAUACUUAUUUACAAGGUUCCUGGAAUUCAAAUUCCCCAAGCAAUGAAGAAAUCGGGUCUUUUUGCUGCUUCUGUUGCUGCUGCUUCUGCCACUGCCAUCUCUGCUUCUUCUUCUUCUUCUUCUUCCUCUACUUCUAACACAACCUUUACGUGUAAUUCCAAUUUGCAGCUUUCCCAUGAGGAAGCUAAAGACCAAAAAAGAUCAUCUUCCACAGAUAAAUUUGCACCAAGGUUUGAUGGAUUGAGGUUUAUUGAAACUCUGGUGACUGCUCAUAGAUAAGAUUUACCUCUCUGGCUACAGAGCUUCACAAUUAUCACUAAUUUUAACCACCCAUCUUUUCUCUUUCUCUAUUAUUUACAAAAAAAGAAAAGAAAGAGCCAUAAAAAUUAUGCACCAUAAAGAAAGAUUUGACGUAUAUUUUCUCCUCUUUUCUUUUACUUUGCUUUUCUUUCUCUUAUUGGAUAUGAGUAGCAGAAGAAGUGCCAUGUCUUGGGUCAAGUUCUGUAAUAGUGUUCACUUUUGAAUCUCUUCUUCUUUUAAUAUUAAAGUCCCUGGUUUCUUUUGUUUUUACCAUGUCUUUUCUUGAAUCAUUUAGUUCCCACCUGUCAGUAGAUGGUUGCUUGUCAAAGUGAUAGAUCUUUCUUAAAAGAGGCUAGUCACAGCCAAGUAUUAGUGAUAUAUUUAUGGGAAAAUGUGAUAGACAAUUCUACAGGAUGAGAUCAUUGAAGAUUUUGGGGAGCCUUGCUUAAUUCAAAAUACCCAUUGGAUUAUUUCAAACAUUAUAUAUUAUAGCAAUUUCAAGGUAGGCAUGCUUGGUGAUGUCAUGUGUGUGCCUUGGCAAAUACAGUGUCAUAAGAGAACAGCAAAAACAUGGCCUACUUUCUAAUGGGAAUUUGGGAUAUUCCCAAACUACAAAAUUUCUCUUUGGAUUUAGAGCUCUAGCAAGGGGAAUUUAGAUACCUUUAAACUUGUAAUUAAGCUGGAGGAGGGGAGCAGGUUGUCAAUCCCCUUUGCUGCUUGUGAUAAUUGCAGGGUUACCAAAAAUUAGAUUGGUAUUAUACAAUGUGAGCCAAAUUCUUAAUUUUUGAGUCAUCUGAAAUGUGCCAGCAUUUUAAAGACAUGAGAGUAGCUAAAGAAUGAGGAAGACAAUCCAAGUCUCGGUGAUCCACUGAUUUAUGAGAAGGAAGAUCAUUACUGAAGUGAGAAGAUGACAGAAUCAGAGUCUGUUUAUGAUUUUUCAGGAUUAAAAAAGGGACUGAUUAUCCUGAGGAAAAUGUUCCAGAUGUUGAAUGACAAUCCACCACAUAUAGAGAAGAUAUUUUUGGUUUGUGUAUGAUAUACCAAAAAUACUACUUUUCGGUAUUUGUUGCAAGGUAAAGAUAAUUUUACCCUUGCCAAAAUUUAAUAAUAUUUUUACUUUCAAAAAUUCGAAAUUUCAA